CUGCCGCAGCCGCCAUCGCCGCCGCGAUGCCGAAAGGAGGUAGAAAAGGAGGCCACAAAGGCCGAGCAAGACAGUACACAAGUCCUGAAGAGAUCGAUGCCCAGCUCCAGGCAGAAAAGCAAAAGGCAAGGGAAGAAGAGGAGCAAGAAGAAGGAGGCGAAGGAGCCACAGGGGACCCCAAAAAGGAGAAGAAGUCUUUAGAUUCAGAUGAGAGUGAUGAAGAUGAUGAGGAUUAUCAGCAAAAGCGCAAAGGAGUGGAAGGGUUGAUAGACAUAGAGAAUCCCAAUCGUGUAAUUCAGACAACCAAAAAAGUAACUCAGCUGGACCUGGAUGGACCUAAGGAACUAUCACGACGAGAGCGAGAGGAAAUAGAGAAACAAAAGGCAAAAGAAAGAUACAUGAAAAUGCACCUAGCUGGCAAAACAGAACAAGCGAAGGCAGAUCUCGCCCGACUAGCCAUCAUUCGGAAGCAAAGGGAAGAAGCUGCCAGAAAGAAAGAAGAAGAAAGAAAAGCAAAAGACGAAGCGGCUAUGGCAGGUAAAAGACUGCAGUCACUAUCCCUUAACAAGUAAGCACAGGACAUGCAAGAGGAGGAAACGCCAGGGAACUGUGCCUGGUGCCUGCCAGGAACUCUGUCGUGUUGCAUACCAUAGGUGCCACGUAGGGUGUACUGCGGCAUCGAAAUCACCUUCACCUCCAAGAGACGCUGACGAUGUGUUUGUCCUCAUCCUGGCACAGAUUUCCAUUUGGGGUUAGGGGCAGCUGCUAUCUUCGGUGCAGAGCUGUGCUGAACAGCAAUUCUCUGUAACAGUUUGGAAACCUGAAUGUUUUUGCUGUUUUUAGGAUUAAGAACUCAUAGGCAG